AUGCCCCUCGUUGACGCCCUCAUUAUCGGCGCAGGUCCUGCCGGCCUGUCUGCAGCCCUAGCCCUUGCCCGUCAGCUGCACACUGCCAUUGUCUUUAACAGCUCACUCUUCCGCAACGCGCGUUCAGCGCAUAUGCAUACCGUCCCCACUUGGGAUCACAAAGACCCCUCUGCCUUUAGGAGCGCGACGCGCAAGGAGAUCUUGGAUCGGUACAACACGAUCUCAUUUGAGGAUCGCGAAGUUGCCAAAGUUGAGAAGACUAAUGCGGGCGACUUCACGGCGACGGCUGUAGAUGGGACAACAUUUACAGGCAGGCGAGUCUUACUUGCUACUGGGGUUACUGAUUUGCCGCUCGAUAUCAAAGGAUAUGAUGAGUGCUGGGGUCGAUCUAUCUAUCACUGCCUCUUCUGCCAUGGCUAUGAGGAGGCCGGAAAGUCCUCAGCUGGUGUCCUUGCCGUCGGCGAGACCUCUGUCCCAGCAGGAGCCAUAGCUCUCGCUCGCAGUACCAAGCAGUUAACCUCCAAGGCUGUGAUCUACUCCUCAAACAAUCCCGCAGUGCAGACUGCAAUCACAGACCUUCUCGACCAAAGUACUACCGCCGACAUCACAACAGACGAUCGGGAAAUCAUCUCCCUUGCUCUUGGCGCGGAAGGUUGCGGAAUCACUAUUACAUUUGCAGACGGGAGCUCAGUUCAGGAGGCGUUUCUUGUGCACAGGCCGGCUACGAAGCUGAACGGCCCGUUUGCAGAGCAGUUAGGUGUGGAGUUGUCGCCGGGUGGAGAUAUCAAGGUGACACCACCAUUUGGAGCCACUAGUGUUAAGGGAGUUUAUGCGGCAGGAGAUUGCGCGACCCCGAUGAAGAAUGCCAUGCAGGCGAUGCAAAUGGGGACUUUUGCGGGGGUGGGACUUGCGCAUGACUUGCAGGCUGAAGGGCCUAAGAUGUAA